AUGGGUUUAACGAAAGAAGAAAAGAAAGCAAGGAAGGAGGCGAAGAGAUUAGAAAAACUAAAGGCUGAAGUCGAGGCUCGUAAGAAAUUGAAAUGUGAGGAGUUACAGCGAGAAAUAACGGCUCAGGCUCGCAAACGUGGAGAACUCGAUAAGGGUUGGCGAGAGAUGAUGUUAAAAAUAAAGGAACCGGUGUUCAGGCAAGACAUAGAAGUCAUGUGGCAUACCUUCGAAAGAGCAUUCGACAAGAAAGACCAUUUGAUAAACUACACCGUCAAACUAAUGAACGUAGCUGACGAUCAGUUCCAACGAACGGUAGCGAGUUUCUGUGACACUAUCGAUACUAUGAUCAACAAAUUCCUUCAAGACUUGGAAUUGCUAUCGAAAAACAAUGACAUAAGGACGGCGAAUGUUCUUAAAGCGGGGGAAAAUGAAGCAGCACGGAUAAUAGCCGAUCAUGAUACAGCUGAAACACAUUUGCAAUUGCUACUAUAUCACGGACAUACGACAGCCGAUAACUUAGCUUGGACUACCAGAGGCGAAAACCUCGUUAAAGAAGACGAAGACCGAAAUAAGUACGCAAACGAAAGGGAAAAUCUACGCUCUUUUUUAGAGAACACCUAUAAUACUAUGUGGGAUGAAUAUAAAGCUGUAUUAAAAGCUUACAUUGUUGGAACAGCUGACAAUCAAAAAAUGGUUAGGAAAUUGAGACGCAAGGAGAACAUAAUGGCGGACAUAAUAGCGUCUCAAGCUAAGAAGAUUGCGAACAGCGACGGCCUAUUGAAACGGCUUAGGGCUGAGCUGGCGGCGUAUGAAUCAGGGACCAAGCAAGCGGUGUUCAGAGACCGCCGCAACCGACAUAGGGCAGCUUGUGCACGAUUGAAAAAAACAUUAGUCAAUGGCUGUGACACAGAUCAAAGUCAAUUGGCUAAAUUAGUUAAAGUAUCAGACAGCACGAUGGAAUGGUUGGAAGCUGCUUGUAAGAAAGGCGAGAAGAUACUAAGAAUGGCGGCGCUUUGUCGUAAAUAUGAGACGCAACGCGAAAAAGUGCUCCCUUUCGGUACGAACCAGCCUUAUUCACCGACGGAGACUAAAGUCAAUGUACGACGACAGCCCGAAGAUUCUAUGGUUGUUAACGCCAUUAUUACUACAAGUGGAUUAACUAGGUUAUGGCAGAAGAUAUCGAAAGCUGAUCUAUCUAGGAGAGCUUUGUUACGCGAAAAAAAUUUAUUGGAACAGGAAAACGCUUUGAUAGUACAGAAGAUACAGGAAUAUCAGGAGAACAAAUUCUCUCCGGAAGCUUACAAAUACAAAUGUCUCUGCAACUCAGACAAGAAGAUGAUGUCUAUGUUAUCUUGUGCGUUGGUUCUGAUGCUCGUGGGAGUUAUUGUGUGCGCGCCCGCGCCACAGGAAGAAAAAUACCCACCUAUGCCAUACGAAUACAAAUAUGACGUGGUUGAUCAGGAGAAGCUAUUGUUUUUCGGUGCAAAUGAAUCUGGUGACGCUCAAGGCAAGGUGGUAGGUGGUUACCAAGUGUUACAUCCCGAUGGUAGGCUCAUGACCGUCGAAUACACAGUUGAUGGUGACAGCGGUUUCGUCCCAAGAAUCAAGUUCGAAGACAACGCUAAUCCGUUCGGCAAGAAAUAG